AUGGCGGACGAGUCGCCAUUAGCGAAACAGGCGUCGGGCCGCUCGGAUUACUCGACAGACGCUGACGCGGACUCAGCGUACGAAGCCGACGUGGAGGCCGCUGCUGACGUGGACUCUAUGGUGCAUAAUCGACGGGCUUCCCACCGCGACUCGGACUCGAACUCCACUGGCCUCUCCGACGCGGAUUUCGACCUCCCCGACUCGGACCGUGACGCGCUCGCGUCGCCCUCCCCCGCCGCAGAAGCCGCCACGGAAGCCGCCGCGGCGAAGGCGAAGGCGAUGGAGGGCGAUUCGGAGCUGAGCGAAGAGGGGGGGGAAGGGGGGAAGGGGAAGGGGGAGGGCGCGGGGAAGGGGAAGGGCACGGGGAAGGGGAAGCGGGGAAGGAGGUGCGGGAAAUGGGAGAUCAUUUGCUGGGUGGGGAUUGGCGCUGGGGUGGUCAUGACGGGGAUUGGACUCACAAUGCUUGUCUUCUUCCUCUCGCUCACCCAACAGGAACCAGUUUUGACUGUAGAGGGCGUUGAUAUAGUCCGCCUGAGCAUCUCAAUCCCUUCCCAAACCAUCAAGAUGCCGAACCUAGACCCCAGCAUGGUCACCGUCCCGAACCUCGGAGGCUCAGUUCCCAGCCUUGGCAGCGUGCCGAACCUCGACAUUCCGAACCUGGACCUGUCGAACCUAGACCUGAAGAACCCCAACAGCCUCGGGAAGACCCUUCAGGACCGGCUUUCCAAUUUUGGAAAAGAGAUGCCAGCGUUCGAACUGGGCAAGAAGCAGACAAAAAUCGCCACCGUGCCAAUCGUGGUGAAGAGCUUCCCACUGCUCUCCACGUCCUCCUCAGUGCAAGUCAGGAGCCCCAUCGCUUCUGCUCUGAGGGAGCGCAAAAUUAAGAUGCAGUCAGCCGAGCAGGCAAUCUUCCUGCGCCUAUCGGAAAUCGAAGAGGAUGAGAGGCGGAAGGAGCGCAAGAGGCGCGCGCUGCUAGCGGGGGGAGCUGCGCUCAUCCUCCUCGCUCUCCUCAUAGCAGCAGCGGUCGCGAUCGGCGUGACAGCUAGCAAGAAAAAGUGCCAGGAUUCCGCGGACCAAUCCAGCAACGCCACGUCAGCAGGCGCGAUGCUGACUCAGCAGCAGCAGGAGCAGCAGCAGGGGGAGUUGGUAGGGACGGUGCAGAUCGGGGGAAGGUGGGGGAAUGUGAGCACUGUUGUUGCGAAGCUUGACAUUCAACCCAACACCAACGGCGUUAUCUCAGCAAACGGAGGAGGCGCCACCUCAUCAUGGGACGCUGCCACGUGGCAGCAGCCUGGGGGUGCAGUGGAGGACACGUCAGCAGUGCAGCAGCUGGCGAAUCCAGAGCUGACACCUGUCGAUGGACGAGUGUAUGGCAUGGGAGUGGAGAGCGGGACCACCACUGAUCCCCGGAUUGCAGCGCUUAUCAAGCCUCCGGACCUGUCAGUGCAAGGGGUGGACUUCCAAAACGGCCACCUGUCCGUUUCAGGCCCCGAUUCGUGGAGCUUUAGCCUCGAGCCGUUCAAGGAGGUCAGCCUGGAUCUGACCGCGCUGAUCAACGUCGCGGCGGUGGUGUCGAAUCCGAAUCCCAUCGAAAUCAUCGCGCAGGAGGUCAACAUGGACGUCAGCUUCUACAGCGUCGACGUCGGCUACGCUAACAUCCCGAACUUCACUCUCCCUGCUAACAGCAGCGCCACCAUCACAGUCCCGUUCAACGUUGACAACUUCCCGCUGCUCUCCUUUUCCGAUCAGAGCCUUAUCACGGGCUCGAUUGCGAAUGGCGAGCUUGAGUUUCAGGUUGUGAUUAAUCUGAAGGCCAGGACUCGGAUCCUUCAGAGCCUCACACCAGCUUUCAAU